CAAACACUCUUAAAAUACAAACGUGUGGACAAGAACUAGCCAUAGGAUGCAAUAAGAUGAACGGAUGAGAUGUAGCCUAUUAUGGGAGACGCUGACUUCUAAUUAUUAUUAAUAAGGGUAAUAUUGACAAUGCACACACACCCCCUACUGUGAAACGACUCCUAACCCGUAUGGCACCCUAUAAUUAAGGAAUUCAAAUACUACAAGGAAUGCAAUAGUCAAUCAGCAGCGACAAAACACCCCCCCCCCCCCCCCCACCGGAACCAAUCCCAUGUGCACCCAUCGACGUGAGAAACAGACUCCAUGGACGCGCGAGGAAACACCAUGGCCGACGAAGACCAACGAAAUUAUGAUGCCAACUUGGACUCCAUGGAUGACGCCAAUCCAGGCAAAGAGCAUACUGAAGAAGAAGCAACGGAUUGCGAAAUGAUCAUAUUACCCGAUGGAACGAAACGGUGGUUACCCACCUGCAAAAGUGAAUGCACCCCGUAUGAAGGGCAACAAUUUGCAACACUAGAAGACGGACUAGCCUUCUACCGGGCAUACGCAAUUACUGUCGAUUUUGAUAUUAGAAAAGGAACGAUGCGCAUGAAUAGGGAAGGGAAAGUACACAUAAAAUACAUGUUAUGCUCACGGGAAGGAUUCAAGCCCCCCAAGAAGGGCAAUACCACAGCCACCGACAUGGUAAACACCACACAACCAAAGAAAAGAAAGCGGGUGUCAAAAAGAGUUGGUUGUAAGGCCCGAAUUGUGAUAACAAGGUGUAAGACCGGCAAUUACACGGUCCAUGCAGUGGAGUUAUGGCACACACACUACCUAUGCUCAGACAUUGGGAGACCCUUCUUGAAAAUAAAUAGGAAGCUGGAUAUUGGACACAAAAUAUUCCUAGCAAACUGUGCAAGGGCAAACAUUGGUUCUACCAAAUCUUGGAGACUAUACAAAGAAAUGGUAGGAAGUUUUACUGAUAUAGGGGCAACAUCCACGGAUUUCUGCAACUUCAGAAGGGAUUUGUUGGCGUAUAUUGCUGGAGCAGAUGCACAAAUGGUGGUAGAAGACAUGUACAAAAAUAAAGAGGCCAACCCAGACUUCUACUUCGAUUUUGAUCUAAACGAAGAUAGACAACUAUGCAGGUUGUUUUGGGCUGACGCAAUAUCACGGAAGAAUUUUGCAUGUUUUGGCGACGUGAUGUCAUUCGACGCUACGUACAGCACGAACAGGUACAAACUUGUAUUUGUACCGUUCACAGGCGUGGACAACCAUAAACGAAGCAUUACAUUUGGAGCAGGCCUCAUUGCAAGAGAAGAUGUGGAGUCGUAUGAGUGGUUAUUAAAAAGCUUCAAAGCCGCGAUGGGGUAUACACCAAGAUGUACUAUUACAGAUCAAGAUCCAGCACUAAAAGUCGCAAUACCCAACAUUAUGCCAAAAACGAGACACCGGUUCUGUAUGUGGCACAUCAUGUCAAAAGUCGGGGACAAGGCAGGACCUGCACUGGCAAAGAACAUCGAGUUUAAAAAGGCCCUAAACAAUGCAGUAUGGGAUGAAACCUUAAGUGCCACCGAAUUUGAAUUGAAAUGGGCAAAGGUAAUGCAAGAUUACAACCUUGUUGAGCACAGGUGGUUUAACCAACUGUACGAGGCACAUGCAUCAUGGAUACCCGCAUAUUUCCAAGAUAUAUUCAUGGGAGGACUACUCAAAACAACAUCACGUUCAGAAUCGGAGAACAGUUAUUUCGGAAAAUUCACCAAUCACCACUGCAGCCUAGUCGAGUUUAUAAUGCAAUACAACCGCGCCAUAGAAGAACAGAGGCAUAACCAGGCAAAGUUGAACGCAGACUGUGAAGGUUCAACCCCUGAACCGAAAACCCCGUUGGGCAUGGAACGCCAAGCAGCGGCAUUGUACACCAUCAACAUAUUCUACGAGUUCCAAAAAGAAAUAUGGGCCGGAAGUUUCACAUGCAAAAUCACAAACAAGACACUUGAGGCCGGGAACCGGAAGUACGUUGUACACGAAACAGGUGCGAAAUUGUACGAGGUAACACACGAAGAAGCUACCCACAAAACAGAAUGCAGUUGCAACAAAUUCAACAGAGUAGGAAUCUUAUGUAAGCAUGUGUUGGCAAUUUUCAAGGACGAAGGCAUCGAAGAAAUACCAGCACACUAUAUUGUUCCCCGAUGGACAAGAGACGCAUGUGCACGGCCAAUGUAUGACAUUGUGUUGAAAGGCAGCCCUAAUACGCAAGGGGGGACCGAACUCAAAUCAAUUGCGAACCAACUCUGGAAUGAAUUCUACAACUGCUUGGGAUUGGCUAAUGGAAGUGAAAAUGAAAUGUCUCUAAUGUUGACAACAAUGCAGCAGCUAAACGGGAAGUUAAAGAGUGCUAAGCAACAAGCCAACCCAAGCACCAGCCACCAAUCAGUGAUUGAAUCAAUAGUCAACGCUACUGCACCUACCGAGAUCCAAAUCAAGCCACCCAAUGUUGCAAAAAACAAUGGCAGCGGGAAACGAUUAAAGAGCAAUAAAGAGAAAGCAAUGGAAAGAACGAAGAAAAAGGUGAGGACAUGUGCUACUUGUGACCAACCGGGCCACGACAGCCAAAAUUGUCCAGAAAGAAAACCCAUACCAGACGAGUAGCCUCCAGUGGUUUAAAAUACUACGAAUUCUAGCACAAUUUAAAGUUGAAUUAGAUACUUGUCAAAUAUUAGAAUAUUAUCCAUCACUAGUUCGUUUGUUCAGCUAUGCACACUAACUACCAUCAAUGUCCAAACAGUUUUUAUUUCUAAGCCUACAGUGUAAUAGUUAACUACUUGAUUGCUCAACUAUGCACACUGUGUACCAUCACCGUGUACACACAGUUUUACU